CUACCAAGGCAUUGCAGUAUUAGACCUCGAGUUGACAAGUCAUAGACAAUCCAAAUCAAGAUGAUGAAGUGCUUAUUCUUCUUGCUGUUCGUGGCUGCUUGCCAGGCCUACGUGGCCAGGGUGGCUGAACAAAUUCCUACUCCAAGAGUAACCCGUUUCGAAACAUUUCGUAGAGUUGAUGACAACUCCUUGCUGUUAGAAUGGAGCCCUGUGGAGAACCCAGAAAUACUUGGAUAUAGGAUGACAGUGUGGGACCAGGGAACGGUUGUAUCCGACGAUCAGAGCAACAUACACGGGGAGGUCGUAGUUGACGCGAGUACGAAAAGCGCCAGUGUAGGAGGCCUUCAGUUGGACACCUGGUACCUUGCGAGAGUCCAGGCCUUCACCAGAACUGCGACCAGUGAGUGGUCCAACCGUAGGUGGGUCAUGCUCCAUAGCCCAAUUUGGCCGCAUGGACGCCAGUCUUACACUGUGAUGGAAUAAACAAUGAAGGAAUCUUUUUCAAGAACUCUUUAAUAUGAACAUGUAUUGCUUUUAUUUUGAUUUUGAAAUAAACUCUUAGCAAAAGCACAA